AUGGCUUGGGUCGAAUCUAUCUUCUCUUUCACUUUUUCCAUCUUUCUGUUCCUUUUUUUUCCUCGAUAUCUACAAAAGGAAUGCCCCCGUCCCUGCAAAAAUGCCGUGAUUGAACUGAGAGUGAUGAAGAGAAAUGACGAUGACUAUGACGAUGAAGGUGAAGGCGAAGGUAAAGAUGAAGAUGAAAAUGAAGGCGGAAAUGAAGAUGAAGAUGCUAUACUGGAGAUGACGAGUGAACAUGGAGAUGCUAUACUAGACAUGAUGACCAGCGAACAUGGAGAGAAAGACGAGAUACGUUGCAAUGAUGGUACCAGAUAA